AUGUCAAAACAAAAUACAAUGAAUAAACAAAACUGUAGAGUGCUUGAGGAUCGAACAAACUGUAGUUCAAAUACUUUUGAAGACCAGCUAAUAGAAAAUGUGUCACUAUACUUUGAGCAAAAGUUAGAAACAACAUGGUGUCUUUUGGAUUUCAUUCAAUUUAGAAAAAAACAAAAAAUGUGGACAAAAAAUAAAGAUAUAGAAUUCAAGCUAUUCAAACAAUGCCUUUUAGUUAAAACUAUAAAUAUGGAAUUAGCUAUUAGAGAUUUUAUGAUUAAAAAUUAUAAUUCAAGUCACUCAAAAUGA